UCAAAACAGACGAUGGUUGAGGAGGCGACGAGUUACCGAUUGAGUGGGAAACACGGAGGGUAGUUUUGUAAUGCUGCUCUGCCCGAGUAUCGGCUGGAAACCCUGGUAGAGUUUGGGCACACACUCCAGUCGAGAGUGGAGAAAGGCAGAAGGAUCAAAGAUCGCGUCAAUGCAAUGGCAAUGGUGAAUGGGCCUAUGGGCAUGAUCAUGCUAAAUAGUUUCUUGAGUCGCCUCCCGAAGUCGACAUAGAUUUAGAGUAGAGGGGUGGACAAUUCAUCGACAUCAUGGAAUAAAGCUGAAAUGCUAAAGGACUUCUUUCAAAUCUGAUUACACUUGGAUGUACUAAGGAUUAAACCACCAUGUUCAGUUUUAAGAAGAAGGAUAAAGAGAAGAAGGAGAAGAAGAAGGAGUCUAAGCGAAACAAGGAAAUGUCUCAGGAAGAGUUGAGUCGCCUGGAAGACAUCAAGAAGGGCCUCAAGAAGUCGAGUUCUCGUCACAAGGCGGGGGCGCCCAGUCAUCUUCCAGUCAAGUCCCACGCCUACACGGUCCCUGAAGAACACAGCAAUGGUCAGUACAGCAUGGAAAUCAGUCUGGGUGUCAAUGAGAGGAGCGUUGACGGUCCCUUGACCAGCCCAAGCGGGAGUGAUGCAAGUGGGGCUUCCACGCCUGGUUACGAAAAGGGAAGCACGGGAGAUGUCAGGAUACUACCUGCUUCUGCGCCUCCCCUUGAAAAUAUAGCCGAAGAGACGCGGCACACCAAGGAGGCAACGUUCGAGAAAAAGCGCAAGUCUUCUAAAGGGAAAGGGAUUCUGAAGCUUAGGUCGUCCAGUCAUGCGUCUACAGAUGCUCCUGUCAACGAGGUGGUUGUGAAGGUCAAUGAUACAGUGCUCUUGGCUAAAAAUACUGCGUUUAAUGAGAGGGUAGGAGAUGAAGUGGAUGGAGAGCUUGGGUACCAGAUACCACAUCCCAAAGCUGAACCAGAAGCCCCUGGUGAAAAGACAUUCAAUGUUGAUUUACGCCUUCCGGUAGUUGCUCCGCCCAAGCCCCCUCGAGCAAGAGACGUCAUUCUUAGUCGCCAACCCAACGGUGGAUUUGGAUUCACGCUACGCAGAACCAAUAUCGAAGAGCGCUCCGGACCUGAUGGAGCCAUAACUCGUCGACAGGUUCAUUUUGCUGAACCGAGUGCAACUCAGCGAGAAAAUGCAACUGGACUACUGCCGGGUGACCGCCUUGUGGAAGUUAAUGGAACUAACGUGGAGAAUAGUCCUCGAGAUGGCAUCAUUGAGUUGAUCCGGAGUUCAGGUGAUGCGGUGACCCUCAAAGUCCAGCCCAUCCCAGAGCUGAUUGAGUUGAGCAUGAGGUCUGGGAUGGACGGGUCUGAGGUUCAUUUUGAGGAACAGCUCUUGAAAACAGGAACGUUGGCCAGGAGUGCCAGUCUAAGGCACAAGGACAAAAAGGCCAAGAGCGAUGAACAGCUGGCCCAGGAGAAGGCGUGGCUGGAGGCGGAGAGGGUGUGGUUGGUCCACCGAGGGGGCUUCUCCUCAGCCAAGAGACUGGCCAGGACGCCCAAUGGGGUAUCAGCAGGCGAGGAUAGCAACCAGCUGAUGAUGGGCGAAGGAAAGGUCAAGGUCAAACUGGAGCAAGGUGAAGAGGUUCUGGAGGUGGAGGAGGAAGAUGUAGAGAAGGCCAACCCUCCUCAAUUCGACCGAGCCGAGGAUCUAGCAACCCUGCAGUUCUUGAAUGAAUCAAGUGUCCUCCAUACCCUGAGACAGCGCUAUGGAGCCAACCUCAUCCAUAGCUACGCCGGGCGCAACCUGAUCGUCAUCAACCCUACACACCAGCUUUCUGUCUACUCGGACAAGCAUGCUAAGUCAGUUAUUCAGAUGUUCCGAGGCUGCAAGUUGGAAGACAUGCCCCCUCACAUCUACGCCUCUGCCCAGACGGCCUACCGGUCAAUGCAGUCCACCCGUAAGGACCAGUCCAUUGUCUUCAUGGGGAGGAGCGGAGGCGGUAAAUCGUGGAACGUCCGCCAUAUCCUGCAGUACUUGACCAUUGUAUCUGGCACAAACAACAACAUUGUCACAGUUGACAAGAUCACUGGAGUCACCACCCUCCUGGAUGCCUUUGGAGGGGCCAGGACCAUACAGAACACCAGCGCUACCCGAUGUGCUAGCAUCUACUCUCUAGACUUUGAUCACCUUGGACAGAUAGCUUCCAGCUCAUUGCAGAUCCUGAUGCUGGAGAAGUAUCGUAUCGUAAGGAAACCUCAGGAAGAGAGAGCCUUCAAUAUCUUCUACUACCUCAUGGCCGGCGCAGACUCGUCACUCAAUCAAGACCUGUCACUGCAUAAGAUGUCAAAGGAGAAUCCAUACAUUCGACCUCUACUGAAGAGUGAAGAGGUCGACCACGCGAAGUUGAUGUGGCAAAAGGUCGUCAAUUCUUGUCAGCUGCUCAACUUCACAGCUGAUGAAUGCAAGGGACUGUGGUGUGUCUUAGCUGCUAUCAUACACCUAGGGGCAGCCGGAGCAACAAAGGGAUCUGGAAGUGCCAAAGCCCAGUUCCUCCACCCAUCAGAAGCACAGAGAGCCGCCACCCUCCUGGGCGUGUCCCUGGAGGACCUCGCCCGGAACACCUUUAACCCCAAGGCCACCGGUACCCCGACCAGGUCCAACCUGAGAGCCAUCCCAUCCGAUGGAGGGUCCGAUGGAAGCGGGUCAGGGGGCGCUACGGAAGCCCUGGAAGGGAUGAUCUCGGGGCUGUACUCCGAGCUGGUCAAUGCUGUAGUAUCACUCGUGAACAGGGGUCUAUCAUCGACAUACCGCACCAAGUCCUCCAUCCUGGUCGUUGACCUCCCUGGUCUUCAGAUACCUGAUGGGUGUGGUCGUAAGACCGGAGCUAGCUUCCAAGAUCUCUGUAAUAACUACGCCCAAGAGAGGCUUCAGCUUCUCUUCCAUGAUACGUCAGUCACUCAGCAGAAAGAUAAAUAUGCUCAGGAGAAUAUAGAGGUUGAUCUUGGCAGGGAGAGCGAGGCAGAGUCUUCACCUGGUAUUAUGGUCAACCUUAUUGAUAGGCAACAAGGAUUGAUCCGUACUUCGAAUCCAGACCUGAGGAACACAGAUCAGAAAGGAAUCCUCUGGCUCCUGGACGAGGAAUCCAUCUUCCCAGGAGCCUCUGACGACUCCUUCCUGGAGCGCCUGUACCUUCACUACCAUGAAGAGGCUAACAGAUCUGAUGGUGCCAUCAAGCAGAGUACCAAUAAGAAAUCCUUCAUCUUGAAUCACAUCCAAGGCACUGUACCCAUCACCUACAACGCCACCAACUGGCUUCGACAGUCCAGGGAGCAUCCAGCCAUUCGCAGUGCAUCGGUCGUACUCCAAGAAUCACAGAAACCAAACAUCAGUCAUCUGUUCAUCAGCCUGUCGGGCUCCUUACCAAGCUCCAUGGUUGGGUCCGUCGCUGGCAUAGAGGGCAGCUCAUCGCUACGCAGAGCGUCCAGCAUACGCAGGGCUUGGACCAGCGGGACGGCAGCCAUCAAGAGGAAGUCCCUCUGUCUCCAGGCCAAGUACCAAGUGGAUGGCAUCAUUGAGAGCAUCCGCCGCACUCGUCUUCACUUCGUCCACUGUCUCCUUCCCCAUGCUGAUGCUGGUCUGUGUGAAGCUAGGAUCAUAGCAGGCAAACCCCCAAACUCCCCCUCUAACAACGACCUGCUCAAUGUACCCUUACUACGAUCUCAGGUCAGGGGGUCAAAGGUCAUGGCUGCUAUCAGAAUCUUCAGGUUUGGUUUUCCAGAGAGCAUGUUGUACCAAGAGUUCAGGUAUCGGUUUGAGAUCCUGGCCCCUACAGAAGCCAAGAUGCCUGAGCCUGUCAUGGAUGAAAAGAAGGCUGUAGGACUCCUUCUAACUCAUCUAGACCUGGACCAAUCUUCAUUCAGACUAGGACUAAGUCAGGUAAGAACUUGAAUAAAAAUUCCUGUGAUUCUGUUUUA